AUGACCCGGUUCAAAUAUUUCAAUUAUUGGGGAUAUGGGAUUUAUAAUGAUUUCAAGAAUAGAGUGGUGCCUUUCUAUGUGAGUGAUUUCAAAGAUGCAUGGAACUAUAGAGUUAUCCCUUCGACGGUAUUUAUAUUCUUCACCAACUUGUUACCGGCAAUUGCUUUCGCUCAAGAUAUGUUUGAUAAUACAGAUGAUCUGUAUGGUUUAAACGAAGUUUUGAUGAGCUCUGCGAUGGCAGGUGUUGUGUUUGGGUUAUUUUCGGGUCAACCAUUAUGUAUUGUAGGAGUUACAGGUCCCAUUUCAAUUUUCAGUUAUACAGUUUAUGAUAUAAUGAAACCCAGAGGUACACCGUAUUUCCCAUUUAUGUGUUGGAUUUAUUUAUGGUCAAUGGUAUUCCAUUUGAUAUUAGCCGUAGGUAAUUUUAUCUCAUAUUUGAGUAUAAUAUCAACAUUUUCUUGUGAUGUGUUUGGGUUUUUUAUCAAUAUCGUGUAUAUACAUAAGGGAAUCCAAAUUUUGAGUAAUCAGUUCAGAGAAGUUAAUCCCACCAGUGGAUUCUUGUCAGUUUUGUUAAGUAUUUUGAUGAUUAUGACAGGUGUAGGCUCAUACUUAUUCGGGAAGGACUUGCAUUAUUUCAAACCUUGGAUAAGAAAAGUUUUCAUGGAUUAUGGGGUACCAUUAUCAGUUAUUUUCUUUACGGGUUUCAUCCAUUUCGGUAGUUAUUUGAGUGAAACUGAAAUGGCAAAAUUGCCUGUUAGCUCAAGUUUUGUACCCACCAAAACUGAUGAACAUAGACCUCAUGGAUGGUUUAUUCAUUUCUGGCCUAAUGAAAACAUAUCUGUGGGUGAUGUAUUUUUAGCUAUUCCCUUCGCCAUUUUGUUAACGUUUUUAUUUUAUUUCGAUCAUAAUGUUAGUUCGUUAAUGUGUCAGAGUAAGGAAUUUCCAUUGAAAAAGCCCUCAUCAUUCCAUUGGGAUUUUGCUUUAUUAGGUAUAACAACUGGAGUGGCAGGAAUUUUAGGUAUUCCAGCACCCAAUGGAUUAAUUCCUCAAGCUCCCUUACAUACAUCUUCUUUGGUGGUACAUAAUCUCAAAACCGGUGAAGCUAUUUCGGUAGUUGAGCAAAGAGUUACAAACACUGUUCAAGGUCUUUUGACUUUUGUUAUGAUGAGUCCUCCAUUCUUGGUCGUUCUUGGAUUGAUUCCUCAGGCUGUUUUAUCAGGGUUAUUCUUUAUCAUGGCUAUUACAGGAUUGCAUGAGAACCCCGUAAUGAAUAAAAUUCGAUUCUUGUUACUCGAUAAAGAUUACAUAGAACAUGAUCCGUCAUGUCCACAAGAAUUCAAAGAUUAUGCCAGAUUCCCCAGUAGGAAAUAUUUCAUAAUCUAUUUGAUAUUGUUAUUAAUAGCGUCCACAGCUGAAGUUGCUAUUACUAUGACUACAGCAGCUGUAGGAUUUCCUGGAGUCCUUUUAUUCUUCGCUUUUGCUGCCAAAUAUUUAUGGCAUUAUCUCAUUCCUAAAGAUUUAUUAGCACAACUUGAUACUGAAGUUGCUGAUGAAUUGAUCAUCAAGAAUUUAUCAAUUGUCAAUGAAAUAAAGAAUGAAAAAAAUGACGAAGGAGUAGAAAGCUUCGAGUUAUCUUCCAAUAACUUGGAUUCAUCGACUUCUUAA